CGACACGCGCUCAUCGACAAGCUGCAGAAGGAAGGCAAGUCGGUGAUGGCCAUGCACAAUAGUCGCGUGGUGGCAUUGGGCGGCGGUAGUGAUGCCAAUGGUGGUAUGGUGGUGCGGCAACAUUUGGGCGUGGACGGUGAGAUGGGCAUGUAUCUGGUGGCAUUGAUUGCAGGUGUGAGCGCCGCUGUGACAGUGGGUCUGAUAGCGCUCGGCAUCGCUUGGUACACAUUACAUCGCAAAUCAAAGGCGGCAGCGGAUGUUGAAUAUCCGGCAUAUGGCGUGACCGGACCGAAUAAGGACAUCUCGCCCUCAGGCGAUCGCAAAUUGGCUCAAAGCGCACAAAUGUACCAUUAUCAGCAUCAGAAACAGCAGAUAAUUGCGAUGGAGAAUCGUCAGGCGGCGGAGGGCAGCUGCGGCAUGUCGGAUGUGGAAAGCGAUGAUGAGGAGAACGAGGAGGGUGAUUACACUGUGUAUGAGUGUCCUGGUCUUGCACCGCCAAUGGGCGAAAUGGAGGUAAAGAAUCCAUUGUUCUUGGAUGAAACGCCAGUUACGCCAUCGAGCAGCAUGACCGCCACUACAACAGCCACCACUUCCACUCCAACCAUUAGCAACAACAUAACACAUGCCACACCACAACAACCACCCACACAACAGCUCGGCAAGAAGCCAACCACUUAUAAAGUUGUUGUUGGUGCUGCACCCAAUCCCAAAGCUACCUCAGCAGAGUCUACGUCUUCCGAGGAGAAUAGCAAGAGAAAGAAGAAUAAGAAGUAAGCGCAGAGGACGCAGCGCAAGAAGGAUGAUGAAGUGGAUGAAGUGGAGGAGGUGUAGGUGGAGGUGAAGCAGCAGCAGUAGCAGCAGCCUUUUGUGAUGUAAAAUUGAAAAGUGUAAUGAGAAAGUGAGUGGAUAUGACUAAGAAAUGGGGUCGGGAUAAUUAAUUUAAAUUAAUUUGCUGGUUUAUACACACUUACAAAGCGUAAAAAUUGAAACCACUGUCACCAGGCCAAUUAUCACAAUUAACAAUAAAGAAAAAACAGGUUAUUAGAAAAUACAUAGUACUUGUGAUGCAUAAGUGUUUGAGGGCAUACUGAGUGUUGGACUUUAUAAAUAUUUAACUACAUAAUACCGAAAAUCCACCACUGUAAUGUAAAUAAUAGCAUAUUUUCACAUCGAUGCGUAUGAAGGGACUUAAAAACGUUUGUGUUUAGUGUUAAUAAAAGGCGUUGGAAUUUUUGAAAAUAAGUUUUGCAAAAUUUCAAAAUUUACAAUGUUUAGAAAUUUCAUUUUAAAUCGACUUCAAAGAAGGAAGGGGUUAUCAAUUCGUCGGAAUAUUUUUUAUUACUAUUAUUUUUUUGUUAUGUAUGUUACCACACAACUUUGGCCUACGUUAACCGAUUGCUAAAAUUCUUUUUUAAAGGAAAGGCGAAACCUCAGAGGUGGCCCCAUAUUAAUUUGGUUUAGAUGCGA